AGAGAGGUGGCUCAUAGGCCCGCGUACGCGUCAUGUCUUCGGUCGCGAAGCCUCUCCUCAUUGGGGGCGCAGGCUCAUGUUGCCUGGGUCUCCUGAUCUUCGUUGUGGUAACGCUGGCCUCAAUCACGGUUGUGAACGAGAAGCAGCAGAUCCUGUACAAGUUUCCGACCAAGAAGGAGGUGAAGAACGGGGCGGCCACAUACAUUGUCUGGCCCCACACGGACGCCGAAAUUCGCGAUGCCAUCCAGAUCUCCACCAGCGAAUAUGCGAUUCUGAAGCACGAACGAACCCAAGAGCUUCGGCACGUGCCCGGUCCUGACUUUGUAUUCAUGGGCGCCUAUGAGACGCUCAUGGGGGUGGGCAACAAAGUGGUGCUGCAGAAGCAAGAGUACAUCCGCCUCAUCGACAAGCUCACCGGGGUGGAGCGCGUGGUGCAGGGCGCCACCACCUUGGUGCCGGAGCCUUUGGAAGAGGCGCCUUCGGGCGUGGAGACUGCCAUCGUCAUCGGGGCCCAGAACGCCGUUUUGGUUUAUAACAAGACCUCAGGCAUCAAGACCCUCAUCACAGAGGCCGGCGUCUACGUGCCGGCUCCGUACGAGCAGAUUAUGGGGAACCAGCAGGCUCGGCUAUUGGAGCCGCUGGAGUAUGCCGUGGUCAAGGACAUGCUCACGGGGGAGGCGAAGAACGAAGUGGGGCCGAAGCUCCUCCAAGCCGGUCCCUAUGAGGAGAUCCUGGCCACCAAGAGGAAGCUGGUUUUGGAGAAGGACGAGUACAUCCAGUUGCUGGACAAGAAGACCGGGAACGAGCGCGUGCUACGAGGCCCGGACCAAGUGGUGCCGGAGCCCACAGAGGAGGCACCUGACGGGGUGCAGAAGGCGCAGUAUCUCACGGACCAGCGGGCCGUGGUGGUGUUGAACAGGACCAACGGGCAGCGCCGCUUGGUGACGACCCAUGGGGUCUUCGUUCCUGUGGCCUACGAGAAGGUGAUCGAGGUGAGGCAAAAGAACCUGGUGCUGACGCAUCAGGCAGCCGUGACCCGAGACGUCGCAGGCACCUUGACGAUGAUCAGCGGAGCCAGCGGCAGCAACGCCUUCUUCCUCGGCCCCUACCAGGAGUUGGUGACAAUGAAUUGGUCUGUCUACGCCACGCCCGAAGCGCAGGACCCGGUGCCCACGGAGACGAUCUCGAUGAUCGACCUCAGGGCCCAGAAGAUGUUCUACAACGUGGAGGUGCGUACCAGCGACAAUGUGAAGAUCCGGAUCCAAGGUAGCCUGUUUUGGCAGGUCCAGAACGUGCUGACGAUGAUCGCCAUGACCGCGGACCCCCCGGGAGACGUGUCCCAGCGCGCCCGGAGCGGGCUCAUCGCGGCCGUGAGCAAGGCGACCUUCUCGAAAUUCAUGAGCGAGUUCAACAAUAUCACCCAGGAGGCCUUCAGCCUGCAGAGCGCCGAUACCUUCUACUCGGAUCGAGGUAUUGAGCUGCAGAGCUUGGAGAUGUCCAAGUACGACAUGGUGGACCAGGAAACUGCAGACAUCCUGCAGCUGAUCAUUCAAGAGAGCACCAACCGCAUCAACCAGCUCCAGAAGCAGGAGAGUGAGAACGACGUCAAGGCCGCCAAGCUCAUUGCAGACAUCGAGCUUGAGAAGCAGCGGACCGAGUUCAUUCAGACCCAGGCAGCCAACGCCAAGCUGCAGGCCUCCCUGGCGGGCCAGGCCUCCGGCGCCCAGCUGGUGGAGAGCGCGAUUGCCUUCAUUGACGGCCUCAACGUGAGCGUGCCGGAAGUGACGGAUAGGACAUCUCUCUACAGGCUGCAUCAGCUUCUGGACUCCCGGAACACGGAUACGGCCAACUUGGCCGCCGGCCAGGCCCAGCUCUUCUUGACACCCUCCAAUUUGAACCUGCAGUUGCGCAUGGCCAACGAUGAGCUGUGAGAGCCUCGCGUGGCUGGGUGUUUUUUUUGUUUUCGAGCCACUAUAUGAGGUCGUACGUCUGUCCAACUUCAUUUGCUUUCAAGCAGCUAAGUCCUGCUGUUCUGGUGGAGGCUGUGGAAUUCUCAAAUUGAGAAUACUGAAUCUUCACCCGCCCACAAAUGGAGAUGAACACAGAAAGUGUUUGCUGUAGAAGUGUCACGAGUUGGCAAACAUGGGUGCAUAGCACGCUGGUCGAUUGAAGGGCCGGGUGUUUCCUUGCAUGCAAAGUGAAGAGCAACUGUACCACGACCAUGUCUGAUUGCAUACCGCUAUGUAGCAUUGACAUUCCUCUGAAGGAGAAUGUCCAAAAAGGAAACAAUGUGUACAGAUUUGUAUAUUGC